AAAAGAGUAGCAACAGCGGGAAUCAACGGAAAUCUUGUGAGGGAAUAAUGCAGAUGGCGAACGAAGAAUCGGAGGAGCAGCGGAAGUUGUCGCUCAAAAUCGCUAGGCUGUUUGACGAGGUUUGGACCUCGCAAGCUGCGCACGUCCGGAAGCUCAAGGAACUCGUCUCUCUCCGCUCCUCGUCGCCGCCGAGUGAAUUCUGCGAGGCGUUUUGCAGAGCCCUAAAGCCUCUUUUUAAUUUCCAGCGUCGCACCGCCUCUGCUGAGCGGAUUAUCAAGUUCGCUGCCGUCUUUGCUUGCUCGCGCGGUGGGAAAGGUGAUUCAGGUGAUAAAUUUCUGGAGAAUUUCCUGAUGUUUCUGCUUGUGGGUGCUGCCGCGGCUAACAAGACUGUUAGGUUUAGGGCUUGCCAGAUCGUUUCUGAGAUCAUUAUGCGGUUGCCGGACGAUGCAGAAGUAAGCAAUGAACUUUGGGAUGAGGUGAUAGAAUGCAUGAGGCUACGUGUGGCCGAUAAGGUCCCUGCAGUUCGAACAUUUGCAGUCAGGGCUCUUGCACGCUUUGCAAAUGAUUCAGAGAAUGGCGACAUUCUUGAAUUGUUCCUUGAGAAGUUGCCAAUGGAGCAGAAUGGGGAUGUUCGUAAGAUAAUUGUGUUGUCUUUGCCUCCUUCAAGUGCAACUUUACCAAUGAUAUUUGAUUGCACUCUGGAUGUUAGUGAGUCAGUACGAAAGGCAGCAUACUCUGUCCUAGCCUGUAAAGUACCACUACAGAGUCUCAGCAUCAAGCACAGAACAAAUAUUCUUCAGAGGGGGCUCACUGAUCGCUCCACAGCUGUCGCGAAGGAGUGCGUGAAGUUGUUGAAAGAUGAGUGGCUUGAGAAAUGUUGCAAUGGAGACCCUGUCGAACUGCUUAAGUUUCUUGAUGUUGAAACAUAUGAAUCAGUUGGGGAGUUAGUAAUGACCACACUACUGAAAGCAGGAUUGGUAAAAAUGCAAAAUGGUCAAACUAUCCGGAAAUUCCUUAUAUCUAAUGGUGACUCAGCUGAAGGAGGACACAGCAAUCAUUCUAUUGAGCUGAUGGACCCAGAAGUUGCUCUUUUUUGGCGAAUGGUCUGUAAGCAUCUCCACAUGGAAGCAAAUACAAAGGGCUCUGAUGCUGCUAUGACCAUGGGCACGGAAUCAGCUGUAUAUGCCGCAGAAGCUUCAGAUCACAAUGAUCUUCUUGAUAGUAUACUUCCUGCGUCCGUGUCUGAAUAUGUGGAAUUGGUUAAUGCUCACAUUGCUGCUGGGCCAAAUUACCGAUUUGUAUCACGGCAACUGCUACUUUUGGGUGCUAUGCUUGAUUUCUCUGAUGCUUCAAAAAGAAAGGUCGCAAGUGAAUUUGUUCAGAAUUUGUUACAUAUGGCUAUUGAUCAUGAAUUGGAUGAUAAUGGAAAUGAAGUUUUCAUUGGAGAUGGUCUCAAUUUAGGAGGGGAGAGAGAUUGGGCUGCUGCUGUAGCAGAAUUGGCAAAGAAAGUCCAUGCAGCCACUGGGGAGUUUGAAGAGGUUGUUCUUGCCGUGGUGGAAGAGCUUGCUCGGCCUUGCAGGGAGAGAACAGCAGACUGUAAGCAGUGGCUGCACUGUCUUGCUGUGAUUGCUCUGCUUUUGGAGAACACAACUUCUUUUCGUCAUAUGCAGGGAAGGGCCAUAGACCCUGCUGAAAUUCUUCACUCUAUAUUGCUUCCGGGGGCAAAGCAUGCUAGCUUGGAUGUCCAGAGGGCUUCCAUUAGGUGCCUUGGUCUUUUCGGAUUGUUAGAGAGAAAACCUAGCGAGAAUACAGUUAAGCAGUUAAGAUUUUCUUUUGUGAAUGGCCCUCCUAGUAUUACCAUAAUGGCUUCCAAGGCAUUACUUGAUCUUGGAAUAUGGCACGGUCCAGAUGAAAUGGACAAAGCCAUGAAGUCUAAUCUCUCAUCACAACUCCGUGAGCAUAAAAUGUCCCCAACCCCUGUUGAAUUUGGCAAUGGAAGUGAGGAUUUGGAUAUUGAACUGCUUGAUCUGUUAUAUGCGGGACUUGAACAUGAUUGGGGUGAUAUUGUGGAGGUUGAAGAGAAACACUCAAUUCAUGACAUUUUAGGUGAAGGUUUGGCGAAAAUUCUUCUGUUGAGCAAUAAGUUUCCAGGAUCACAUGCUUCAACACAUGACUUGCUGUUAGCUAAGCUCAUCAGCCUGUACUUCAAUAGUGAGAGUGAGGAGCUUCAAAGGUUGAAACAGUGUCUAUCAGUUUUCUUUGAGCACUAUCCAUCCCUUUCUUCAAAUCACAAGAAAUGUCUAUCCAAAGCUUUUAUGCGAGUUAUGCGCUCCUUGUGGCCUGGAAUCAAUGGCAAUGUUGCCGGAUCUACUCUGAUGGUGUCUAACAUGCGUAAACGUGCUGUGCAAGCAUCACGCUUUAUGCUGCAAAUGAUGCAAGUUCCUUUAUUCACAAAGGAAACUGCAAAGCCAGAUGAUAAUCAAAGUGAGAAUCAUGAUAUUGGGACAGACCCUUCACCUGAGUUUGAGAGUGGAGAGGAAGGGCUUGCAAUACGCAUUGCAGUAGAGGUGGCAAGCUUCCAUGCCAAGAAGACGGCCGCGGAAAAAGCAUACCUGGCUGCACUUUGUAGAAUACUUGUCUUACUUCAAUUUCGGGUGUCGGAACAAGGGGCCAUAAAGCUCAUGCGGAGGAUUUUAAAUCGUGUGAUAGCUUCUGUGGCAACUGAGAAAGAACUUACGAAGGAAUUGUGGCGGAUGGCUGAACGCCUACAGGCCAUAGAUAGGCAUCCCGGUGAGAAGUUGUCGACCGAGCAGACUGAUCUGAUAUUAGGAAAGUUAGAAUUAGCUAUCAAGCUCGAUGAUGGUGACUGCAUGGAAGUGCCCCCAACUCCAGCACCGCAAUCAACCAGACAAAGUCGUGCCAGAAGACGAGCAAAGGAUGAAGAAUCUUCCUCUGAUGAUGAACUCUCUCCAACUUCGGUGGUUCCAUCUAAUCCUCCUGUGAGCCGUUCACAGAGGGCAAGCAAGACGGCAGCAUUGUCCAGAAUGACGGCCAAGGCGUCAAUUAGGAUAGAAGAGGAGGAUGAUGAGGACGAAGACGACGAAGAUGAGGCUGGGUCGGAAGUGACAUCUGAUGAUUCUGAUUAAAGAUUUAUUACAUUUUUUUUGUUGAUUGUACAUUUGUUCUGCCUAGUGUGCAUCUCGUACAACUAGCAGAAAAAAAAAAUGGUCAUUUUCUAGCCCUGUAUGAGUAGUGAUGGUCGUUUUGUAGAUCUUUCCCUGUAUGAGUCAUGUAUCCAUUGUGAAGGUUGUGGUUUCCCAUAUGGGAUUCUUGGAAAUUCGAAUGUGUUUCAGCUGUCUUCCGGGCCAAAA